AUGAAGGUAUUGAACAAUGUCCUUUGCGUUUCCACCGCUGCCGCAAGUCUGUUGGUAGCCACUACCAAUGCAUUUGUUCCCCAAGCUUCCUGCUCUUUGACAUCCUCCUCGUCUACACAAUUGUCCAUGGGACUCUUUGACAACUUCAAGACGGGAGGAUCGGGACGGGAUCGACUGGAUGACGAAUGGCAGAAGCAACAAGAACUAUUGGAGGCUCGACGUGCACCCAAAUCCAAACGAGACCAAUACUUUAGAGACAUUGAAGCUCGUCGUCAAGCGGCCAGCAAGGAACGGGAUGACAAGUGGGGAUGGCAAACCAAGAAUUACGCCAAGGGAGAGGAUCCUCUCACGGAAUGGAAGAAGCGAAGAGCAGAGGGUACCAUUUCGGAUUUGAAUGAUCAAUAUGGAGAUCCCAAAAAGGUUGGAGGCAUUCCCUUCCCCAUGCCAUCCUUUGGUGUGGGAGGUGAAUUCGGAGUGGGAGGAAAGUAUGACAAUGGAGGUCGAUUUGAUUUGCGACUCCCAUAUGCGGAUCAAGGGUAUGUCGAUGAGGAUGCCGACUUUAUGGGAAAACUCUUUGGUAAAAAGAAGCCCAAAGCGGCACCUGUGGAAGAGAAGAAGGAACCAGAAAAGAAGAAGGGAUGGUUCAACUUUUAA